AAAGCGCAGCGGGGUGGACGGGAGUGACUUACUCCCGCCUUCAGAUCGCACGUGGGGGUGGCUGAUGUAAGACCCGCCUCGGGAGCUUCCCCGCCCGCAGCUAAGCUGAGACCCCGGGGUCCCUCCUCGACGCGCCCGGAGGCGGGUCUCCAGCCCGCGCUUGGACGUUUGCCGGGAGGGCUGAGGGGGGGACUUUACAGCCCGGCUUCGGGGGUCCCUAAGGCCAAGUCCUUCUGCGGAGGCUCGGCCAGGCCAGCCCGACACCCGCGAAGGCGGGAGACUUGUAGAGAACGCGGGACGAGGGCUUUUGGGUGCACCUCCCGCUCCUCCGCACCGUGUGGGGCCAACAGCCCGAAACCCGCGUCUCCUUGACCGGGUGGGGCUGGAAGUGCUGCGAGGAUCCUCGUCGGGGGGCAGAAUCGCGGCGGGCCCGCGUUCUACCGCGUGGCACCGGGCGGAGUCGGCCUUCGUGGCCGGCGGGGACACGGCAGCCCCGGCCGCUUGCCCAAGCCACAGGGGAGCCGAGCGUCCCCAAGUCCGGGAGAAUCUCCCUGGGUUUUCUAACAUUUAAAUAUAGGCUAGCGAAGGCAGCAAUUAGCAUCUCUAAUGGGGCCUCGGAGUUUACAGAGUUUCUUCGAAGACUUUUAUCUCGUUUAUUUUUAAGGGCACCCCAGUGAGGUGUGUGAAUUCUCUAUGGUCUCCAUUUCGGGGAUUGGCAGGUAGCCUUUGUAAUGGGCUGGCUCAGAGAGCGCCCUGAGAGACAGGGUUAGAGCACUAAGUCGGCUUUGCAGAGCUCAGGGAAAUAAUGUAACGUUACAUUCAGCUUAAAAUAAGUAAAUACGUCACGUGUCAAAUCCGAUACCAUCUUAAUUCUAGUAUGGACAAGAGGCUCCAAGAUUGAGAACAAUUUAUGAAUAGAGAAAACCUUACAAUUCUAUGCAUUAACCUAAGGUUUUCUUCAAGUUAAGAAAGACUGCACUCUUCCAUUUCACCAAAGUUCAUUUAGUGGCAAACAAAACUACCUAUAUCAAUUUUUAAAAUAUCAGAUGCAUUAAAAUGUCAAAGCAAAAAAGCUUUUAGGAGGAUUAUGGGAAAAGGCAAAAAAAACUUUCUAGUAUGUUGUUUCCUGAGUCUUGUAUUUAAAAUGUUAGUCUCAGCAGUCAUCUCUGUGACAGGGGAAAAUGAUGAGGGAAGUGCUCUUCAGGAUGUCACACUAGGUCUGUAACUGUAAGGUUAUGAGAACCACAGGGCCAUGAGAUGAAGGCUUUUACCAAAAAACUAGCAAAUUAGUUCCAUGAGCUAACAAGCAAUGAUUGAGCAUCCACUUUUAGGGCUUAAUACGUUCUUUCUAAUUUAAUGCUCAGACUACCCUGUGAAGUAGAUUGUAUUUUUGUCGUUUUACAGAUGAGGAACUGAAGCUGUGUGGCCAACAAGAGGUGGAGCUAGGGUUUAAACCCAGAUGGGUCUGACUCCAAGGCCUGUGUCUUUUCUGCUACACUAUCAGUCUGUGUGGAAUGAAGUCGUAGCAUGGGGGUCUGCUUUGGAACAGUAGGUUGGGAACAAUUGUAGAGAGGCUUUAAUACCAAACAGAGGCUGCAGGCGCCAUCUUUUUAGUAAAUGGAAAGCCAGUGGACAAAUGACAGAAGACCAGAAGUUUAUUCUCUGGAGACAUGGGCUCAGAGCGGCACUGGACUCGGGGACACCAGGCCCAGUGAGAGGACUCUGCUCCAAGAGUAAAGAGAUCUGGAUCCUGGUCCUGGCUUUUCUGUGUCAUUCAGGGUUCUUGUGGAAGUCAGACCAAACAGCAGGAAGGUAUUGCAGCAAGAUGGAUUUGGGAAAGGACCAGUCUCACUUGAUGCUCCAUCAGACACCUGAUCCUCAUCAAGAAGAGAACCAUGUUCCAGAAGUCAUUGGAACUCGGAAUUUAAGAAACAGAGAGCAACUCAGAAAAAGAAAAGCUGAAGCACAAGAAAAGCAAACUUCACAAUGGCAAUUUGGAGAGAAAAAACACAAGCGGCAGAGAACAGGAAAAAGAAGUGAAAGAGGCAGAAAGAGACAACAAAAUACAGAAACGAAGGUGGAGCCUCUGUCACAAUUAGAAAAGGAAAUGAUGGAGAAAGCACCAGCACCUACAGAGAAAGAAACUGAACCACCCAGGAGUGUGACCGAAGCUCUCCUUCCGGUAGCCUCCAUGCAAAGAGUUGUGCCCAAGAAACAUUUUUCUGAAAUAGGUCAAGAAAGCAUUAUCAAUCAGGAAAAUUCUUCUGAAUACCAAGAAACAGCAGUACAAAACCACCCUUCUGAAAUACGCCAAGAUAUGGCUGAAUCUGAAGACCUCUCUCCUAAAAUGUGCCAAGAAAUAGCUGUAUUUCAAGACCAUCCUUCCAAAAUGUACCAUGAUAUGGCUCAACCUGAAGACCUCUCUCUUAAAAUGUGCCAAGAAACUGCUGCAGCCAAAGCCCUUUCUUCUAAAACAUCUGAAGAUAUAGCUGACCUGGAAGGAUGCCCUCUUGAAGCAUACCCCAAACCAGAUGUGCCUAAAGGCUACACUCUUGAAACAUACCAAAAAAGAGCUGAACCUGAGGAACACAAUUCUGAACUAGGUCAUGGAAUAGCUGAGACUGAAAACUUUGUUCCUAAAACACAAGAAAUAGCUGUGCCUAAAGAGCUUUCUAUAAAAACAUACCAAGAAACAGUUGAAACUGAACACUUUUCUCAUAAAACAUAUAAAGAAGUUGCUGUGUCUAAAGCCCCCUCUCAUAAAACAAUCCAAGAAACACCUGCUCCUGAAAAAUAUUCACCUGAAAUACACCAAGAAACACCUGGGUCUGAAGAAUAUUCACCUGAAAUAUACCAAGAAACAGCUGGGCCUGAAGACUAUGCACCUGAAAUAUACCAAGAAACACCUGGGCCUGAAGACCUCUCUACUAAGACAUAUAAAGAUAAGGAUGUGCCUGAAGAAUGCUUUCCAGAACUGUACCAAGAAAGAGGUGGGCCCCAAGGCCAGGAUCCUAAAGCACACCAGGAAGAUGCUAAGGAUGUUUAUAUUUUUCCUUGAGAAAUGAAGGAAAAACCCAAAGCAGAAGAACCAGAGAUACCAGCAAUUCCAAAUGUUCCUCAAGAGAUUCACCCAGGAAAUGAAAUCUGUAGUUCUUUUGUUAUAACCAUGUUCAACUAUCAUAGUUGUCCAACAAAAUUCACAUCUUACUACAUUAUAUGUGUGAUUUUUCUCAACAUAUGGUAGAAAUCUCUACAAUAUUCAUUAAUAUUUUAACAGUGGUUUUUCCCCCAUAUAUAGGCCAUAUCUGAAAGAGAGAACUGAUGUGAUUUUUCAGGCUCUACCACAUAGACAACAUCCUGCUAGUGUGUGUGUGUCUGUGUGCACGCCCAUGUGUGUGCACGCAUGUGUAAGUGUAGGUAUAUUAGGGAGAGGAUAGUGGUGGGAACAGACUUAAUAAUUUUUCCUGCCCUUAAGAAUUAGUCAAAUAAAUGUUUGUUUUCAGGGGAAAAUUACUGAGCCCUCCCUUUUCCCAUUUUUAAGUCUGAACAAUUAAAAUUUGAGGAAGUAUAUAGUUUUCUUAUAAACUUUGUUCAAUUACUAAUGUAACAAUAGCAUCAAAAUCUUAUUCAGGCUUCAGAUGGCUUUUAACAAUUUAACAAUUUUAACAAUUCUUAUUCUGGGACUCCUUCAAAGAUAUUUUGGAGUGAUGAAUGUAGUUGUGUAUUUGAAUUUUGAUUUUCUACUUUUACUUUUUAUACAUUGUAAUUGUGCAAAAUGUACAUUAAAUCAUUAUCACGUGUUUGUGUGAACAGCAUCAUGGUAAGCACUGUGAGGGUUAGAAGACCUAUAAGACAUAGUCCUUGCCUACUAGGAGUUUAAUCUAGUCUCGUGGGGGAAUAAAACAGAAAACAAAUAAUUACAAAAGAAAGUAGUAAUGCUAGUGCCAUUUGAAUUAGAAGAUACAACAGAGGGAAUGCUCACUUUUUUGCUGGAGUGACCUGAAAA